AUGGUUUGUGAUACAUUGGUUUAUCACCCCUUGGUGACAAAAUUGGUUAAAUUUUUAGAUACUACAGCAGGUAGAGAAAAAAUAUUACGUUUAUUGCAAUAUUUAUGUAGGUUUCUAGCUGUACAACAAGGUUCAACUUUAUCUAGACAAUUACAAGCACAAUUUACAAUUGUUAGAAAAGUAUUGAGAUUUUUAAAACCAUUAAAUCAUAUUCAAGCUGCCUCUAAGAUUUAUGAUCAAAAAUUAAUUGGUGAUUCAAUUGUACGUUUGUUAAAUAUAAUUAAAAAUUUAUGUUAUGCAGGUUAUUUAACUCUGGAUCAAAUUAAUUUAUUAAGAAUGUUUAAAUUAGUACCUACGACAACAUUCUCAAGUAAAAAAAUACCUCGUUGGACUAAUUGGUUUUGGUUUUUCGGUUUAAUCUCUGGUUUAUUAUUAGAUUUACGUAAUAUUCAAAUUUCAGAUGUUAAAUUAAAAGAAGUUAAGGAUUCAAAGGAAGAAAUUACAGAUAAACAACGUAAAGAUUUAGUUAAAGCAACAUAUAAAGAAAAAUUCAUGGCUACAAGAAGAUUACUUUGGGACUCUACCGAUAUGUUUAUCGUAUUAAACAAUCUAGGAUAUCUAACUAAUCGUGAACAAUAUGUAGCUUUAGCAGGUGUAGUCACCUCGAUGCUAGGUUUAAGCGAUAUGUGGAAAGCCACUAAGACAAAUUAA